CAUGACAGUAAUCUGUGGUAUAAUGACUGGACCUUCAUCGUUUCUCCCUUCUCUUGGCUCACCAGCUGUGUUAGAGCAAAAUUUGAAGAGCUAAUGGGAUACAGGAAUCAAGAUGGCGGACCACUGGUGUUGUCACAGGCGCACAAUAUUGUCUACCCUUCUUGUAUGCCUCACCCUUUUUGGAAGCUUGCUGGUAAAAUGGCCUUCACUGAUGAAGCCGUUCCUAACAGCGGAACUGAAUGAGUUCAUGGUCCCUUAUGAUAGCACCAACACAAAUAGCACAAACACCCUGAUCCCUGAUGAUAGCACCAACACACAUAGUAGCACAAACACAACUAUUCUAGUGUGGCACUGGGCUUUUGGUUCUAAGCAGGACAUCCACGGAAACGUGUGCCAGGACAGAUUCGGCAUACCCAACUGUUUCUUGUCAGAUGAUCGGUCAUUGUUCCCUCAGGCAGAUUUUGUCAUUUUCCACAAUCGUGAGCUGAUCAAUGGACAACAGUUGCCUUUGCAUUUGCCCCGCCCAGAAGAGCAGGGGUGGGUGUGGUUCUCCUGGGAAAGCCCCGCCCACAACGGGAAUAUUAAAUUCUUGGAUGGUAAAAUGAACUACACCAUGUCUUAUCGACGUGAUGCAGACUUUUUUGUACCGUACGGCUGGUUAGAGCCCCACAAUGUUGGAAGUGGGAUGACAGUUGACGAUUUCAUACCAAAGAACAAGUCUUAUUUGGCCUGCUGGGUUGUUAGCAACUACGCAGGCCAUCAUAAGCGAACACAGGUGUACAACAAAUUGAAAAAAGUCAUACCAGUGGAGGUUUAUGGUGGAGCAAUGGGUCGCCGCCUGAAUGGUGAGCAACUGUUGCCCACCAUCUCUCGCUGCUACUUCUACCUGUCCUUUGAAAACUCUCAAUUCCAAGACUACGUCACGGAGAAGUUAUGGAGCAAUGCCCUCAAAGGGGGAGCUGUGCCUGUAGUUUUAGGCCCAUCCCGCAAAAACUAUGAGGCCAUGAUACCAAAAGAUUCCUUCAUUCAUGUGGACGACUUCUGGUCGGUAGAGGAGCUUGGAGCAUUCCUCAAGAAGCUGGCUGAGGAUAGGGAACGCUAUGCCUCAUAUUUCAAAUGGAAACUGAAUUACAGGGUGUCAGCUUAUGACAACUGGCUGGUGGACCCGCUUUGCAGAAUCUGCACAAUACGUAGCACCUUGCAAAAACCAAAGGUUUAUCGGAACUUAUAUGAUUGGGAAAGGAAAUAAAAAUUAACCAUGUGUAUUAUCUGUUGUCCAAGGAAUACUGGAUACUCUCUUUACUGUUCACACUCUCCUUUGUAUGUCUUUGAUGUUGGGGAUGUGCCAAAACAAAUUCCCAUCAACUGUGUUGACAUGGCAACUAUAAACUUAUUGGCUACGUUUACAUGUUUUGAUUCCGAAUUACGUGAAUAGUUUCUGGAUUGUGAAGUGUUUAAAUGGCCUUUUUAAAGCGGAAUUACCGCACAAAUAGACCAAGCGCGACAUGAGCGAGGCGAGCGACGGAAGUAAUUGACUUUGUAUUGAGUCGCGCGACAAAAGCGAUUCUGGAGACUAGAGGCGAUUCGCACGCAGAGAGCGACAGUUUGAAGUUGAAAUCCUUUCAACUUUCUUUGACGUGGUUCGGCGACCAGCCGCGACAGCUAAUGACUGUAUAGAGGUCAGUGACCACAGCCAAUGGGAAUGUUUGAAUGCUUUGCCUUCUGCCUGUAAUGGACAUACGCUAGUCGCUUCAAUUGCUCGUAUCUCUCUUGCUUCACAGAAGCGAUUCUCUGUCGCUUCAAUCGCGUCGCGCUUGGUCUAUUCCUGCGGUUAAGCUUUAUUUAGAAUUGAAGUGAGUUCAUUCGGAACUAAAUGUAAACAUAGCCAUUGAAUCACGAAUGUGUAUGUGUCUGUGUAGCGUACCUUGCAUUCAAGUGAGUUUAGUGUGCACGUUUGUGUUGCCAUUUGCCAACUGUCCCAGUUUUACCAGAUUGUUGCGCUUUUAAUGGUCUGCCAAGGUGGAAAAAUACAGUUUCCCCUGACACUGAAUGAAAGGAGUCACUACUUAUAA